AUGGACGGGGACGUUAUCCAAUCAGAGAAUGACUUCUGGAACAAGCAGAAGUAUCAGCCAAUCCGAGUCGUCCAGAGGCGGGCUCUCAGAGGGGCCCGUGUUUGGGUCAGGGAGAAGGAGCAGCUGGUUCCCGCCACUGUCAACUCCUGCGGAGAUGGAACGCUUGUCGUCACAACUGAUUAUGGAAAGGUGCUGUACUUGCCGCAGGCCGAGGUUACCAGGGAGCGGGUGUAUGCUAUGCACAAGUCCAGCAUCGAUGGGGUGGAAGACAUGUCGUCACUGGCUGAAUUGCACGAGGCCGCCAUCAUGCACAACCUGUACCAGCGCUACAAGAAGGAUAGCAUCUAUACUAAUAUCGGCAGCAUCCUGGCAGCUGUCAACCCCUACAAACAGAUCUCAGGCAUGUAUGACCCAGAGCGGGUGGACCUUUACUCUAAGCACCACCUUGGGGAGCUCCCACCGCACAUCUAUGCCAUAGCCAAUGAAUGCUAUCGCUGCAUCUGGAAACGCCACGACAGCCAGUGUGUCCUCAUCAGCGGUGAGUCGGGGGCAGGGAAGACGGAGAGCACUAAACUGUUGCUGCAGUUCCUGUCGGUGAUGAGCCAGAGCUCCGCCGGGAGUCCUCCAUCAGAGAAGACCACACGUGUGGAGCAGGCCAUUGUACAGAGCAGUCCGAUCAUGGAAGCAUUUGGUAAUGCGAAGACUGUUUACAACAACAACUCCAGUCGUUUUGGGAAGUUCAUCCAGCUUCACUUCUCUGAGGGUGGCAACAUCCAGGGAGGCUGCAUUAUUGACUAUUUACUGGAAAAGAACCGAGUUGUACGACAAAACCCUGGAGAACGUAACUACCACAUCUUCUACGCACUGCUGGCGGGAGCCAACAAAGAGCAUAAAAGCCUCUAUUUCCUGGAGGACCCUCCUGAAUCUUUCCACUACCUCAGCCAAUCAGGAUGUCUAAAGGACAAGAGUCUGAAUGACAAAGAACUGUUUAACAGUGUUAUGGAGGCGCUGAAGGUGUUAGAGUUUACAGAGGAGGAGAUCAGAGACAUGUUUAAGCUGCUGUCGGGCGUCUUACAGCUCGGUAACAUCGAGUUCAUGACUGCAGGAGGGGCCCAGAUCACAACCAAGCAAGUGGUCACAGAUGCCAGUGAGCUGCUGGGUCUGGAUGCCUUUCAGCUGUCUGAGGUGAUGACUCAGCGCUCCAUUAUCCUCAGAGGAGAGGAAAUCUGCUCCCCACUCACUAUAGAGCAGGCUGUGGACUCCCGGGACUCUGUUGCUAUGGCGUUAUAUUCCCAGUGUUUCUCCUGGAUCAUCCUCAAGAUCAAUCAGAAGGUCAAAGGGAAGGAAAACUUCAAGUCCAUCGGCAUCCUUGACAUCUUCGGCUUUGAGAACUUCGAGGUGAAUCGGUUUGAGCAGUUUAACAUCAACUACGCCAACGAGAAACUCCAAGAGUACUUCAACAAGCAUAUUUUCUCCUUGGAGCAGCUGGAGUACAAUAGGGAAGGUGUCCAGUGGGACGCCAUAGACUGGAUGGACAACGCUGAGUGUCUUGACCUAAUAGAGAAGAAACUGGGAUUGUUGGCACUGGUGAACGAAGAAAGUCGAUUCCCCAAAGGAACAGACUUCACUCUGCUGGAAAAGCUUCACAGCAGACACUCUACAAACCCUUACUAUGUCAAGCCCAGACUUGCUGAGCAUCAGUUUGGUAUCAAACAUUAUGCUGGAGAGGUCCUGUAUGAUGUUAAAGGGGUCCUGGAGAAGAACAGAGAUACUUUCAGAGAUGAUAUCCUAAACAUGCUCAAAGACAGCAGACUGGACUUCAUCUAUGACUUGUUUGAAAAGGUUGGCAGCAGGAACAAUGAGGAGAAGAUGGGAACAGCCAGACGCAAACCUACAGUGAGCUCCCAGUUCAGGGACUCCCUCCAUGCUCUCAUGGCCACCCUGAGUGUAUCCAACCCUUUCUUCAUCCGUUGUAUUAAGCCCAACAUGGAAAAGAAUCCAAAUAUAUUUGACCCAGAGGUCGUCCUGAACCAGCUGAGGUAUUCUGGGAUGUUGGAGACUGUCAAGAUCCGUCGAGCAGGGUUCCCCGUCCGCAGAACUUUUAAAGACUUCGUCUUGCGAUACAAGAUCAUCUACAAAGAGAAAGUGACCACAGCAGGAGAUGAUAAGAAGAGGAGUACAGAUCUUCUAACCAAAUAUGACAAAACCAAGAAAGAGUGGCAGUUAGGCAAGACCAAGGUGUUUAUGAAAGAGUCUCUGGAGCAGCGUUUAGAAAAAGACAGGGAUGAAGUCCGACGCCAAGCUGCCAUGAUAAUCCGAGCCCACUUACUCACUUUCACUGCAAAGAAGCACUUCAAGCGCGUAUGUGCCAGUGUCAUGACUCUCCAGAAACACUUCCGAAAGCACAUCAAACACACGCGGUUCAUAAAGCAACGCAAAGCAGCGCUAGUGCUGCAGAAACACAGGCGAGGUCAGGUGGCGCGCACUAAAGUCCGGAAACUCAGGGAGGAGAAGAAGAAGAGGGAGGAAGAGCAGAAGAAGAAAGAGGUGGAAGAGAAGAAACCUGUGGUAGAAGGAGAGCAGGAGAAAGUGAAUGGAAAAGAACAAGCUGAGGAAAAAGAGAAGGAAAAAUCUUCAGAUGAAGAGACUCGCCAGAUGGAGGAGAUCCUACAGUUGGAGCGAGAGAUCGAGCGCUUGCAGAAGAAGAGAGAGGACGAAGUGUCGCAGCUGUGUGAGUCUUCCAAACAGGAGCUCCAGCUUCGUAGGGACGCUGAGCUUAAGCGGAUGAAGAAGGAAGCAUCCCGCAAGGCCACAGAGCUCAUCGACCUCCUGAACUUCGGAGGCGUGGAUCCUUCACUGGGAGCAGCCGCACCUAAAGCAGCUGCAGAGGCGAAACCUCCAAAGGUUGCAAGUACCAGCGCAAGUGCAUCCAAAGAGGAAGAGGUUGACGAGGGUUUCCAUGCUGAAGAGGAGUGCAUCCCUCUCCCUGAUUUCCCCCCUCCUGCUGAGACAGACACGCCUGUGGACCAGGAGAUAUUUGCUCAACUCCCUCCACCCCCUCCUGCUUUUGCAGAGGGAACAGUGCCUCCUGCACCACCUCCUCCCCCUCCCCUGCCCGCAGAUGGUGUGCCUGUUGCAGGCCUGCCUCCUCCUCCACCUGGAGAUGGCUCAGCUAUCCCUCCACCUCCUCCUCCUCUACCACCUCCACCUCCCCCAGCAGAGGGGACAGAGGGGGAGAAAAAAGAUGGAGCCAAGGCAGGACCGGAGAGAAAAGUGAGCAUGGUGGAGAGCCUGGUGGAUGGAGAGGAGCCAAUCUACAGCAUGCCAGCAGACACAGAGUCAGAUUACGACCAGGAGGAGGAGGAAGGGUCUGUCACAGCUGGAGACGACAGCUCUGUAUCCGGGAGCAACCGCGGGAGCGCUGCCGUGACAGAUGAGGAGCACCCGAGGAAGUCGACCUGCACCAAUGCCAGCAUUGAGUCCUACAGAGGCAGCUCUGACUCUUAUGCAGACAGUGAUGAUGAGCACGAUGGCAUGAUGGACACUGAUGAAGAGGUGACGAAUGGCAGAGUGACUUUGUUUAAUGGAAAUGGACCGCCAUAUUUCCAUGGUUACCUCUACAUGAAGGCUGGUCUGAUGAUCCCUUGGAGGAGGCGUUGGUGUGUGCUAAAAGAUGAAACCUUCAUGUGGUUCCGGUCCAAACAAGAGUCUCUCAAGUCUGGCUGGCUCUAUAAGAAAGGAGGAGGACUCUCGACUCUCUCACGGAGGUUAAACUGGAAGAUGCGCUGGUUUGUAUUGAGGGACAACAAACUGAUGUACUACGAUAAUGAUAGUGAGGAGAAACUGAAGGGAACUAUCGACAUCCGGGCUGCCAAGGAGAUAGUGGAUAAUCACGAAAAGGAGAACGCCCUGAACAUUGUGACAGAUGAGAGGACCUAUCAGGUGUUCGCUGAGUCGCCGGAGGAUGCAAGCGGGUGGUUUAAUGUUCUCAGUAAAGUGCGAGUGUGCACUCCUGAGCAGCUGCUGGAGAUGUCCCAUGAACAGGCCAACCCAAAGAACGCUGUGGGAACUCUUGACGUGGGACUGAUUGACUCCGUUUGUGCAUCGGACAAUCCUGAUCGGCCCAACUCUUUUGUCAUCAUUACGGCCAACCGUGUGAUCCACUGCAACAGUGACACACCAGAGGAGAUGCAUCACUGGAUCAGUCUGCUGCAGAAACCCAAAGGAGACGCCAGGAUCGACGGGCAGGAGUUCCUCGUCAGAGGAUGGCUGCAAAAGGAGAUGAAGACGAAUGCUAAGAGCACCUCCCUGAAGCUGAAGAAGCGCUGGUUUGUUUUGACCCACAACUCUCUGGAUUACUACAAGAGCUCAGAGCGUAACUCCUCCAAGAUGGGAACUCUGGUCCUUAACUCCCUCUGCUCCAUCAUUCAGCCGGAUGAACGCGUGCAUAGAGAGACAGGCUACUGGAACAUCAUAGUGUACGGGAGGAAACACUCCUACCGCCUCUAUACCAAGAUGCUGAAUGAGGCCAUAAGGUGGACAGCCACCAUACAGGGAGUCAUUGACAGCAAGACCCCCAUUGAAACUCCAACUCUGCAGCUCAUUAGAGACAUCAAGGAGAACAGUGUGAACCCAGACAUAGUGGAGCAGAUGUACAGGAGGAACCCCAUCCUCAGAUACACUCAGCAUCCUCUGCACUCCCCUCUACUACCACUCCCUUAUGGAGAGGUGACCAGCCUGCACAGGCAGCAGGGUUACGCCAGUCUGCAGGAUGAGGCGGUGCGAGUUUUCAACUCACUGCAGGAGAUGGAGACACUGGCAGACACAGUGCCCAUCAUUCAGGGCAUCCUGCAAACCUGCCAGGAUCUGCGGCCUCUCAGGGAUGAGGUAUAUUGUCAGGUGAUCAAGCAGACCAAUCAUGUGCCUCAGCCGAACAGCCCAGCCAAUCGGGCACACUGGCACCUGCUCACCUGUAUGAGCUGCACCUUCCUACCCAGUCGAACCAUUCUCAGAUACCUCCGCUUCCACCUCAAGAGGGUACGUGAGCGUUAUCCUGGCACGGAUAUCGAGCGCUACGCCAGUUUCAUUGGGGAAUCCCUGAAGAAGACCAAGACUCGUGAGUUUGUUCCCUCACAGGAAGAGAUCGCAGCCCUACUGGUUAGACAGGAGAUGAGCACCACUGUCUACUGCCACGGAGGAGGCUCCUGCAAGAUCUCCAUCAACUCACACACCACAGCUGGAGAGGUUGUGGAGAAGCUGAUCAGAGGUUUGGCCAUGGAGGAAAGCAAGAACCUGUUCUCUCUGUUUGAGCAUAACGCCUGUACAGACCGAGCUUUGGAGAGCAGAGUGAUCGUGGCAGACGUACUGGCCAAGUUUGAAAGAUUGGCAGGCAGUGAAGAAGAGGAGGAAGAAGGAGAAUGGAAACUCUACUUCAAGCUCUACUGCUUCUUGGAUGUGGAAAGCAUGCCGAAAGAGGGAGUCGAGUUUGCUUUCAUGUUCGAGCAGGCCCAUGAGUCUCUGAUAAGUGGACACUUCCCGGCCUCAGAGGAGACGUUGCAGCAUUUGGCUGCGUUACGUCUCCAGUAUCUCCAUAGUGACGGGGCAGGUCGUGCCGGAUGGAGCCUGGGAGGUGUUUAUCCAAUUGGACGUCUCCGCAAUCGCAUCCUACACUCCACCAAGCCUGGCGUUGGGGCAGCAAGUGGAGCGGGAGGAGGGGGAGCAGGAGAUGGGAAGGGUACAAUAGGAGGGCCAGGAUGUGUCGGCAUAGGGGUGGAAAAACGAAAGACCCCAAGCUUCCUGGACGGCACCCUGAGGAGAAGCUUCAAGACUGGUUCACUGAAGAAGCAAAAGGUGGAGGAGGAGCAGAUGCUGGAGAUGUGGGUGAAGGAGGAGACAUCUGCCACACGGACCAGUGUUUUGGAGAAGUGGACUCGGCUGCAUGGCAUGCCCCAGCACCAGGCCAUGCUUAAAUAUAUGAGCAUCGUUAAGGAGUGGCCUGGAUACGGAUCUACGCUGUUUGAUGUGGAGUGUAAAGAGGGUGGUUUCCCUCAUGAUCUGUGGCUGAGUGUGAGCGCUGAUAACGUGUCUGUGUAUAAACGAGGUGAACCCAAACCACUGGAGACCUUCCAGUAUGAACACAUCACUUUCUUUGGUGCGUCACAGCUAUGCACCUACAAGAUCAUCGUGGAUGAGAGGGAGAUGUUCUUCGAGACUCCACUGGUUGGGGAGAUCACCAAGAUCAUGAGGGCCUACAUUAACAUGAUGGUGAAGAAACGUUGCAGCAUCAUGUCCGUGACCAGCGUCACCAGUAACUGGGCCAGGUGA